AUGAGUGAUAUUAAUUUAAAGGAAAGUGAAACUAGAGCUACCUUUGUUGAAAACUCACAACCAAAGAUUGGCGGAGAUUCGACCAACGUUAUCAGAAGUGCAUUGAAGAAACGUAAUGUUAUGAAUAUGGACAUCAGUUCGACUAUAGUGUCUUCUCCAUUGUUGUCAUCUACUCCAUCUACCAUAUCGAAAUCGUUGGUCAAAAUUUAUCCUUAUUUGAUACUUGCUGAUUCUUUCUUAGGAUUGGUCACUUGGACAAAUGAAAAUAUUUGGGGCAGUAUUUUGAUCACUUUGGCUUAUAUUAUGGGUAUAUUAUAUUUUCAAAAUAUAACAAAAUAUUUUGGUCAUGUAGUGGUUGUAGGAUUAUUGUGGGGUUAUUCUUUAUUGCAUCAAAACAUAGAAGAUAUUAUGAGUUCGCAACCAACUUUAGAUGAUAUUGUUCUAAUGAUGGAUAAAGUCACUAGAAAAUUCGAUAUGUUUUUAUCCCCAAUCACAAUAUUAAGUGCUCAAGACAUUAGAAGACUGCUUUCUACUACUAUAUUCUUGUCUCCAAUUUAUGUCGUGAUUUCAUUAUUUAUAUUCCCACCAAGAACUUUACUACUGGUUGGAGGGGUUUAUAUCUUAACAUAUCAAUCGCCAUGGUCGAAAGUCACUAGAAGAAUAUUAUGGAAAUUUAAAGCUGUUAGAUUAUUUGUCUUUUAUUUAACUGGGUUAGAUUUAGGUGGGAUUAAUAAAAAUCAAGGUAUAAUAGCUGCUGUUCAUAAGCAAGUAAGAAAAUUAUCAUCACCAACACAAACGGAUGUUUCACAACCUGGAGCAAUGCCUAAUAAAACAAUAAGGUUUACUUAUGUUCUUUAUGAAAAUCAAAGAAGAUGGAUUGGUAUCGGUUGGACUUCCAGCAUGUUAAGUUAUGAAAGAACCCCAUGGACUGAUGAGUUUUUAAACCAAGCUCCUUCUCCAGAAGAUUUUACAUUGCCUGAAGAAAGUUCGGAUUUAACAUGGAAAUGGGUUGAUAAAAGCUGGAGAUUGGAUUUGACUAAUGAUGGUGCAAUCCAAUUACCAAGUUCUAAACAACGCACAACUGCUUCACCUGGUGCAGAUGAAGGUUUUAUUUACUAUGAUAAUACGUGGAAGAAACCAUCAACAUCCGAUUCAUUUUCGAAGUAUACAAGAAGAAGAAGGUGGAUAAGAACUGCGGAACUAAUCAAGAUUGAUACUGAAGCAAAUGAAGACAAUGAAGAAAAUAGUAUUGAAGUUAACAUCCAAAGCAUCAAAGAUAAUGAAGAGUCUAAAAGUGCUGAGCAAAAGGAUAAUGAUACCGGUUCAUUAAAGAGAAAUAGAAGUGUCACUAUUCUUGAAGAACCUAUAAUAUUAGGAAAUGAUGUUACUGAGGAAAACAACAAUUCAACUACGGUUGAGGUCACAGAAACAUCUGAGACGAGAAAGGAUAAUCUUCGCCAUCGUGGAGAUCGUGAAGAAGAUGACGAGGAAGGAAUUGAGGGAGAACAAGAAGAAGCAUUGGGUUUUAAACCUAGUAAAAAUAGAUCUGGCUCAGAACCAUCAGGCAAAGACAAAAAAGAAAUAUGA